GAAAUCUCGUGUGAGUGGAAGAGAAAUUGGCGAUUGGAGGGUGUUAAACUGGCAUCGGGAAGAUUGCGUCGGCAGAGGUCCGAAUGGGGAGCGAAGAAGGAGAUGGCAUGGCGAACGUAGAUGCGGCUGCCUCAUGGCAGCAAUAUUACACCUGGUGUGGCCCGUACUCGCACCCUCACUCGCACUCGCACCCCCACGGGCCAGCUACGGGCCAGCCGCACACUCACUCCCAUCCCCACUUCCACCACCCGAAUCAUCUGAAUCAGUAUCAGGCAGGUCAGUAUCAGCAGCAAUCACUGACGGCGUCCACCGCGAACGCAUCCGCCCACUAUUCAACCUCUCAGCAGUAUCAUCUGCAGCUGCAACCCGCCCAGACGCCACCCUUACACCAACAGCAGCAGUUUCACCCUGUUAGGGGACAGACCGCGCCGAGAAGAGCCGCUCCUUACGACCGAACAG